AUGAAGCUCACCGCAGUAGCCCUCUUCGUUAUGGCCGCCCUCGCAGCCCCUACGCUCGAGAAGCGAACUCCUCCCAAUAUUCCCACUGCCGCUUCCGCAAAGACCAUGCUUGCCGCUCUCACCACAAGGACCACAGAUGCCACCGGUUACUCCCGUGAUCUCUUCCCGCAUUGGAUUACCCAGAGCGGAUCUUGCAACACUCGUGAGGUAGUUCUCGCCCGUGACGGAUCCAACGUAGUCCAGGCCAGCGACUGUUCAGCCUCAAGCGGGACCUGGUUCUCGCCCUACGACGGUGCGACCUGGACCGCCGCUUCUGAUCUUGACAUCGACCAUGUUGUGCCACUCUCCAAUGCCUGGAAGUCGGGAGCCAACGCCUGGACGACAGCCAAACGUCAGUCCUUUGCCAAUGAUCUCACGAAUCCACAACUGAUUGCUGUCACCGAUAAUGUGAACCAGGCGAAGGGUGAUAAGUCGCCUGAUGCGUGGAAGCCACCUCUUACAUCUUACUACUGCACCUAUGCAAGGAUGUGGGUUAAGGUGAAGAGUGUGUGGGCAUUGUCUGUGACUUCAGCUGAGAGGACAGCAUUGACGAGUAUGUUGAACACGUGCUGA